AUGAACAACUCAACCAACCAAGAUAUGAAUGUUCCCUUUGAACAGAGUGAUGAUUAUUAUUAUGAUCUUGAUGAUUAUGACAUGGAUGAAUCUCACUACUUCUAUGUUACCAAUGCAAUACUGAGUGGUACAGCUAGGCUCAAUGUUCUCUUACCAACAGUGACCACUCUUGCCUUCAGCAUUUUUGCACCUAUCCUAACCAAUGACGGCGAAUGCAGCGUUCUGAAUCACUGGUUGACAGGCGUCUUUCUAGUUAUAUUAGCAUUGUCGUGUGUCUUCUUCACCUUCACCGACAGCUUCAAAACGGCCACCGGCAGGUUGUACUAUGGGGUAGCAACAUUUAGAGGGAUGUGGACUUUCUGUGGAGGCAGGAAGAAACCUCGUGUGCCAUCAGAUUAUAGGCUUACAUGGACUGAUCUUUUCCAUGCAUUACUGUCUCUGCUCUCUUUUCUUGCUUUUGCAGAAUCAUAG